GUUACCUUCUACAGUGAGUUUGCAGUCUCUCCCUGCUCGAGAGAAAAAAGAAGAUGAAGAAAACGCUCUUCCUGAAAGUUGAAACCUCGCCAUGGCACCAACAAAGGAUUGAGUAGUAAUAGGAUUUCCAUCCGGAGCCGUUUACCGUUUACCCUCCCUCUCUCUCUGUCCUCUCCCUCUCUCCGUCCGACUGUGUUGCGAAGAAGAAAGAGAGCCUUCUCGGACUGAAGCAUAUGUGAAUCAAAUUGUCGCUCCAAAUUCAGGUUUCGAUUACAAAACUCAGCGUUUUCUCGAACUCGGGCGUCUUCAUGGAGCCAAUGGUUGAAGUGUUUCCGAGUAAUCACACCACUAUGAGUGUUCAUGCAUCGCAAUCUGUUUCGAGAUCAGGGUUUUACCAAACGGGAUAUAAAAGACUGAAGUUUUCGGAUAGUGUAAAUGAGUGUGGAAACAUGGCUGUCUCUGCAAGCAUGCCUAAUGAUAUUGAACAGAAGAAACCAAAGACCUCCCCAGAAGUUAUUGAUUACCGCGAUCCUUUUGCUAUCCCUAACUUGCUGGAAAGCUUAGACUCUGGUAAAUAUGGAAGUGUUACAAAAGAUAUAGAAGCCCUCAUUGCUCGAAAGAUGCAGAUGCUGCACCCUUACUAUGCAAAGUAUCCCAAACUUUCAAAUACAUUCUUGGAAGCAGAAGAGAAACCUAGUAAUGGGGCUUUGAAACACACUACUCACUUGUCAGAUAAUAAUGUCAUUGAUUUGGAGGAUGACAACAUUGCAAAUAAUGUUAAAGCUGUAGCACCGCCUGUUGUAGUUAUUGACUCAGACGAGGAAGACAAUGUACAUAAGAAGACUUUUGUUCCUUUUCAGGAGAUUGUCUUGCCAAGACCAGCUGGACAAUUUCUCAUGAAGGACUUUUUGGAUUUCCGUGUUCCUCUUGGUCAUGCCAGAAAGGGUGGAGCGCAGCGAGAAGAAGCAAUUGCUGAACUUAAAAUCAAGAAAGAAAAGGGUGUUUAUGUUGGUGUAGAAGAUGAAGACAGUCAUCAGAUUGAUCCUGAAGAUGAUGGUCUGGAAGAUAUGUGGAAGGAGAUGACGAUGGCACUAGAAUGUUCAAAGGAUGUCGCUCUAGACCCUUCAUCUGAUGAACAAUUGAAGGAAGGAGGGGAAUACUGUGAUCAUUCUUUUGUCUUAAAGGAUGAUCUUGGCUAUGUUUGCCGCAUUUGUGGCGUUAUAGACAGAGAAAUUGAGACCAUAUUUGAGUUCCAGUACAAUAAGGUCAAAAGGAGUACCCGAACUUACAUGCCCGAUUCUCGGAAUGCCAAAGACAAAGACUCAACUGAUAUAUUCAGAGUUAAACUUUCUGAAGAUGAUCAGAUGGUAACUGAAAUAUUUGCCCAUCCUAGGCAUACAAAGCAAAUGAAACCUCAUCAAGUAGAGGGUUUCGAUUUUCUUGUCAGCAACUUGGUGGGUGAUAGUCCUCGAGGCUGCAUCUUGGCCCAUGCUCCCGGAUCUGGGAAGACAUUUAUGAUAAUCAGUUUUAUGCAAAGUUUCCUGGGAAAGUAUCCACAUGCUAGACCACUGGUUGUGCUCCCUAAAGGAAUCUUGGCUACGUGGAAAAAGGAGUUCCAGACAUGGCAAGUAGAGGAUAUUCCACUGUAUGACUUUUACACUGUCAAGGCUGAUAAUCGGUCUCAGCAACUUGAGGUGUUGAAACAGUGGGUAGAGCAUAAGAGUAUCCUUUUCUUGGGUUAUAAACAAUUCUCAGCAAUUGUUUGCGACAAUGUAACAAGCAAGACCUCUGCCUCAUGUCAAGAGAUACUUCUUAAGGCUCCUUCAAUUCUUGUUCUGGAUGAAGGGCACACUCCACGAAACGAGAACACUGACGUGUUACAGUCCCUUGCGAAGGUGCAGACACCCAGAAAAGUUGUACUUUCAGGAACCCUGUACCAAAAUCAUGUCAAAGAGGUGUUCAAUAUUUUGAAUCUUGUCCGACCAAAGUUUUUGCGGUCGGAAACCUCUCGAGCUGUUGUCAAGCGCAUCAUGAGUAGAGUAGAUAUACCAGGCAUCAGAAGACCGUUCAAAGCAGGUGCUGAUGCAGCUUUCUAUGACUUGGUUGAACACACUUUACAGAAGGACAAAGAUUUUAGGCGGAAAGUGGCCGUCAUACGAGAUUUGCGCGAGAUGACUAGCACGGUCCUUCACUAUUAUAAAGGGGACUUCUUGGACGAGCUUCCAGGUCUUGUUGAUUUCACUGUGGUACUGAAUUUAAGCUCCAGACAGAAGCAUGAAGUUUCAAAUUAUGUAAAAAAGUUGGCGAUGAAGUUCAAGAUAAGUUCAGUUGGGAGUGCUGUCUAUCUUCACCCAAAGCUGAAUUCUUUCUCUGAUAAUCAUGCUACUGCUGAUCAUCUGGUGGAUGAGAUGUUAGAGAAAAUAGAUGUAAAAGAUGGAGUGAAGGCAAAAUUCUUUCUCAAUAUGCUUAGCUUAUGUGAGUCAGCUGGAGAGAAGCUGCUGGUUUUCAGUCAGUACCUCCUACCCUUGAAAUUUCUAGAGCGAUUAGCAGUGAAGUUGAAGGGCUGGAGUCCUGGAAGAGAAAUCUUUAUGAUUUCAGGCGAAUCAAGUUCUGACCAACGUGAAUGGUCCAUGGAACGCUUCAAUAAUUCUUCUGAUGCCAAAGUCUUCUUUGGCUCCAUCAAGGCAUGUGGGGAGGGUAUAUCUUUGGUUGGGGCAUCCCGCAUAAUAAUUCUGGACGUUCAUCUGAAUCCAUCGGUGACCCGCCAAGCGAUAGGUCGUGCAUUUCGACCAGGUCAAAAGAAGAGAGUUUUUGCAUAUCGAUUGGUAGCUGCUGAUUCACCCGAAGAGGAAGAUCACAGCACUUGCUUCAAGAAGGAAUUAAUUUCGAAGAUGUGGUUUGAAUGGAAUGAGUAUUGUGGUUAUCGAGAUUUUGAAAUGGAGACAGUUGGCGUGAAAGAGUGUGAUGAUAUCUUCUUGGAAAGUUCACUGUUAGGGGAAGAUGUAAAGGUUCUGUACAGAAGGUAGAUCCUGGUAUCGUGCUAGGUCUGAACUGGAGUAGGCUGAAUUAUACCUUACUUCUAUCUGGCUAAGUCAGAAUCUUCAGCUGUUCAUACUUUAGUAUUUUUGUAGAUGCUUGGUUGAAAGCAACACCAAUUUUGAAAUCCAUUUUGGAGCCUGGAAUUGCAUUGGAGCAGAUGCUUAAUGGUGUGUGACUAUUUCCUGUUCCUUGGCUGGUUUCUAACUUAACAUUAAGACCAUUCUGUUUGUAGUGGUCACUGACUGAUAUAUAUAUAUAUAUACACUAAUUCUUGUACAUGAACAAUGGGGCUUUCUUUUUUUUUUCUUAUUUUUUGAAGCAUGUUACUUGUUUUUAUUUAGAGCCUCCAUAACAAGGAAAAAAAUUUCAAGUUACAUGUACCAUACUUACUACCAUACCUA